AUGCCAAAAGUAAAGACAAGCCGAGUUAAAUACCCAGAAGGCUGGGAGUUAAUUGAGCCUACACUUCGCGAACUUCAAGCAAAGAUGAGGGAAGCUGAGAAUGAUCCACACGAUGGCAAACGAAAAUGUGAGACUUUGUGGCCUAUAUUUAAAAUUGCACACCAAAAGAGCCGCUACGUAUUUGACCUCUACUAUAAGAGAGAGGAAAUUUCUAAAGAAUUGUAUGAAUUCUGUUUAGAUCAAGGAUAUGCUGAUCGCAAUCUAAUUGCAAAAUGGAAGAAGCCUGGUUAUGAACGCCUAUGUUGCCUGAGGUGCAUGCAGCCGCGCGAUCACAACUAUGCCACGACUUGUGUUUGCAGAGUGCCCAAGCAUCUUCGAGAAGAGAAGGUUAUAGAGUGUGUUCACUGUGGUUGCAAGGGUUGUGCAAGUGGGGACUGA